AUGGCGCUGUUGCUUUUCGAUGGGGCGCUCGGAUUUGUCGGCUUGUGUCUAUUUGUCUUACCGACACUAGAAGAGAUGGCUCUGCCUCGGAAGGAAUAUAGAUGUUUUGAGGCGACCCAGAACCUAAAGCGUGAUUUGUCGAGCUUUCUUGACAGUGCAUCUGAUAGAUGGGUUCCCCCAGAGAACUGGGAAGUGGCAAAAACAGAAAACGAGGCAAUGUUCAAGGGGAUGUUGCAGGCUGUACUAACAAACAAACAUUCACGAUGA